AAGCAAACUGCAGCCCGCCAUUGUGUAGAAACCAGGCUCUGUAAAGAGAGAAGGGUGCUUGGCUGAAACUCUUCAAUAGCUAGACUAAUUCUACACCCUGCCGCUUCUAUUCAGGAGUAAAUACAGUUACACAGGCUCCGGGGGGGGGAAAGACAUGUCAGCCAGCAGCCUUCUUGAACAGAGACCGAAAGGCCAAGCUAAUAAAGUGCAAAACGGAGCUGUGACCCAGAAGGAUACUUUGAAUGAUGAGUUUGAGCCUUACCUAAAUACUCAGGCCAGACAGAGCAAUGCCUAUACGGCCAUGUCGGACUCAUACAUGCCCAGCUACUACAGCCCCUCCAUAGGAUUUUCCUACUCCCUGAAUGAGGCAUGGUCGACAGGUGGGGACCCACCUAUGCCUUACCUGGCCUCCUAUGGACAGCUCAGCAAUGGGGAGCCCCACUACCUCCCGGACGCUAUGUUUGGCCAGCCAGGCCCUCUGGGAAGCAACCCUUUCCUGGGCCAGCAUGGUUUCAACUUCUUCCCCAGCGGCAUCGACUUCUCGGCAUGGGGAAACAACAGCUCUCAGGGACAGUCGGGGACACCGCAGAGCUCUGGUUACAGCAGCAGCUAUGCCUAUGCUCCCAGCUCACUUGGGGGUGCCAUGAUCGAUGGACAGUCCCCGUUUGCGCCUGCUGCCAAUGAGCCGCUUAACAAGGCACCUGGUAUGAAUAGCCUUGACCAGGGCAUGGCGGGGCUUAAGAUCAGCGGUGCUGCUCCUGGUGGUAAUGGGGACCUGGCACCUAAGGUAGUUGGCUCUGGCUUGCCUGGUGGGGGUCCCCUUGGCCCCGUUUCAUCUGUAGGACCUCCCAGCAUUCCUCCUGUCUCAAUUGCCCCUGCCAAGCCUGCCUCCUGGGCUGACAUUGCCAGCAAGCCAGCCAAGCCUCAACCCAAGCUGAAAACCAAGGGUGGUAUGGCAGGUGCCAAUUUGCCUCCUCCGCCCAUUAAACACAACAUGGACAUCGGCACUUGGGACAACAAGGGAACCGUGCCUAAAGCUGCCACCCCUCAGCAGGUGCCCUCUGUUCCCAUCAAUGGGCAACCACCCAAUCAGGCUUCACCACAGCCUGGUGCUCCUGCUGCAGGGAACCCCCAAAUGCCCCUCAGCAAUGGACAGCUGGUACCACCUGUUUCCCAGAUGGGACAGCAUCAGCUUCCACCAAGUGGGCAGCCUGGUAUGGCUCCAAUUCCCCAGCCUUCUCUCUCCCAGGGUCCUCCACCUCCCCCAAGCCAACAGCAGCAACCUUCUCAGCCUACCCGUUGGGUCCCUCCCCGGAACCGGGCCAAUGGAUUUGGGGAUACCAGUGGGAGUGGUACAGGCCAGUCACCUCCCACUUCUUCUGGUGUGGGUGUGGUUCCUGGGGUCCCCUCUGAGCCUCACCCAGUCUUAGAAAAGUUGCGUAUGGUCAACAAUUAUAACCCCAAGGACUUUGACUGGAAUCCUAAGCAGGGCAGGGUGUUUAUCAUCAAGAGUUACUCAGAGGAUGACAUUCACCGCUCCAUCAAGUAUAACAUCUGGUGCAGCACAGAGCAUGGCAACAAGAGGCUUGAUGCAGCUUACCGUUCACUGGGUGGCAAAGGGCCGCUUUAUCUUCUGUUCAGUGUCAAUGGGAGUGGUCAUUUCUGUGGUGUAGCAGAAAUGCGGUCACCCGUGGACUACAACACGUCUGCUGGCGUGUGGUCACAGGACAAGUGGAAGGGUCGUUUUGAUGUACGCUGGAUCUUUGUUAAGGACGUUCCCAACAGUCAGCUGAGGCACAUUCGACUGGAGAACAACGAAAACAAGCCAGUGACCAACUCUCGGGACACACAGGAGGUUCCACUGGACAAGGCCAGACAGGUGCUAAAGAUCAUCGCUGGAUAUAAACACACCACUUCCAUCUUUGAUGACUUUUCUCACUACGAGAAGCGUCAGGAGGAGGAAGAGUGUGUGAAAAAGGUAACCUAGUUACUGCUGAAUAAAGUGAUUAAGUAGAUGGAUGAAAACAAUGUUCAGCUUUAACUUGUGUUGGGGCUGUCACUGAUCACUAUUACCAAAAAUCACAUUCACGGUUCAAACUGAAAUGUAAUUUGUUUGAAUUUAUGCCCCCCAAAAGAAGAUUAAAAAGUACAGACAUGGGCUUAAUAUUUGAUUAAAAAAAAAAAAGUCAUUGCUUCUCACUGCUUGGGCUGACUUAUGCACUUAGCUAAGAUAUGACAUGCUGCAGGGGUGGGACAGUUGGAUGGGGCUGUAGAACAGACACUGCUCCACAUGUUUAACUACGGUUCCUCUUUUGGAUAACAAGAUUGUAGGUGAGUCAUCGGACGCGUAGUUGUAUUUGAGUAAGGCAUCUGCUUUUUUAUUCUUUUUUUUAUAUUUUUUGCAGAUUCAGCAAACUGUUUACCGUGACACUACUCUGGUGUCGUCAUUGUCCUAUCAGCACAGGUUGCUCACUACUAUCCUGCAUUUUGUCCUUGCAAACAUGAUGUUACUAACUUACUUUACUGAGAGGUCAACAGAACCUAUAACCAGUCAAGCUGAUGGUGAUUUUUAAAAAAAACUCCUGGACCGUAAGGCAGAAUCCCUCAAACAGCCUGUUGCGCUUAUUGAAAUAGUGUAAAUUGUUGGAUUCGAACGUGGCAUGACAGUUAAUGUGGGAAGUGACAGCCCUAACUUGAUUGAUAAAGGCACAGUAUAUGAAGCCAGUAUGAAUAUAUGUGUGUGUGUGUGUGUGU